AUUCACUCAUAAAAAUUUAAUGGUGGUGUUCGAAUCGUUUGCAAAGCUCAGCGGAUAAUUACAAAGCGAAUUUCUUUGUGAAAAAGUAACUUAAAUUCUUUGUUGAAUUAUUCAUAUAAUAUUAAAGAAGCCAAGUGUUUGUGCAAUCAGUGUCGCAGUACAACGCGGUAUCGAACCAAACGCUAUAUAUUUAGUGCCAGCGGCAGCAACGCAACUUUGUGUCUUGUGAAAAAAUUCGAUUUCAGAGAACCAGUAGCGGUUUAAAUAAUUAGCUGCAAAUUGCGAACUUAGGAUUCGCAGCAAAGAAUUGAAGCAAAUUAACAAAAAGCGAUUGCAAUAGCAAACUUUUUUGAGGAAGAAAAGGUGUUUGUUACUUAAAAUUUGCAAGUUUAUCGAAAAUUUGUUAGUGCGCCACGCCAACAUUUUUGACGCUGCGUCUGCCGAUUUUAAUUCCCCCUUUCUACUGCACUUAAGAAUUGGUGUGGAAAUAACUGCAAAAAACAAAUAAAAAUUAAGUUGUGUUUUUGCUGUAAUUUUGCCUGUGUCUUGUCAGACGCAGCAAUCAAGAAUUUUAUAGUGCGUGUUCAAAAUUACUCGGUGCAGAAUUACUUGGCGAAUAACUGCAAACAGUGCCGUACAGUGAGUUUCUUGCAUAAAACAAAUUAAGUUUCAAGUGAUGUUCUGAAAUUAUAAAAACCUAAAAAACGCCCCUUUUUACGCGACAAAUACUAGUGUGCGUGUGUCUCCAUAAAUAAAAGGAAGAAAGGAACCCUUUAUCGAGAUUUACUGGAUUCUAAUUGCAUUUUGUAACGUUUUGACUUCCACGUCUGCGACGCCGAUUGAGGAAUACAUAAAAUGAGGAAUGUAUAAAACAGUGAGAAACAAAAGUAAUAGAAAGCCCAUACAAAGCGAAGAAGAACUAACUAAAAAGGAGUUGUGAAUGCAGUGAACGCAGUAGAAGCAGCAAAAACAAAAAAGCUCAUCCAUUUGAAUGUCGAUUUGUGUAGUCUGUUAAAUACGCGUUGAACGUUUAGGAAUUUCGCUAUUAUUUGUGAAGAAUUUCCUCGACGUCAGCAGCGUAUUCAACCGCAAAACUCAAUAUAUACUCGGUUGCAGAGGCAAUACAACACAGUAUUUUGCACAAAAUUUUGUUAGUUUUUUCCUGCGCGGAUGCAAGCAGCAGCAUACAGAAAUAUUAGCAGCCCGCAAGUGAACUCAGCGUGUCGAGGUCAAUAAAAGCGACGGCUGCAUCAAGUUGAAGUACAAUAAACAAACAAGAAAAAAAGUAAAUUACUGCGCUUAAUGAUUAACCACUGCUGAUAACACCAGUCGAAAGCCAACGAGCCAAACGUUUGGUUUUUCAACUUUUUUCUCGCUGCUUUUUUUGCCCAUUUUUAUUGCGCUCGGACAGGCAAGCAAUCGACUAACCAAUCGAGCAUUAAAAAAUAAAAAUAAAAUUGUAAAAAAAACAAUAGCGUAGUAAAAUAUCGAUGAAGUGCGGUAAACAAAGUGAUUAAUGUGCAUUUUUUAACAAUAAAUAAAUAAAAAUAUUCGCGUUAUUCAAAGUUGAAGCAAAUGCAAAAACGUUGUUAAUUUGUAAAAUUUCUUAAGUAAACAGCCAACUCAGCAGAACUUAAAUGCAAGCAGGCACACACGCACACACACACACAAGCACACGCGCAUACAGUUACAUGCAAUGCAAAUGAGCUUAAGUAAACGAUAAAAGACACCACCAAUUAAUUAAUUCAUUAACUAAUUAACUUAUUUUUUAUUUUAAUGUUGUUCUAAUCAGCCAGCGAUACAAACACUUCCACACGUAGCGGAAUAUAAAGCAAGUCAAGAAGAAAAAAAAAUAAGUAAAAAAAAAACAAAUUCUAGGUAUUUACAUUAAACAGCUGCAGACAGAUCAUUGAAGAAGAGAAAGAAAAUAAAUUAAAGAAAAAAAUAAAAUAACCAGCAUCAUUGAAGAGUUCAUUAAAAUACAAGAAAUCAAGUAAAAGCGGCAGCCAAAGCAGAUUUCAAGCAAUUGUCGACUCGACAAAAAAAAAACAAUAAACGGAAAUCUCAACCACACGCGCUACUCGCAAAUCAAAUCGUUGGUCGCUAUCAUACACCGUGUACCGUACCCCUUCCACAGCUACUACAUUUAGUACACCAGUGUAAGUGUUCUAUAUAAGUGUGAGUGUUGUCGAAGUGAAAUUUAUAGCGUAUUGAGAAAAAUAAUACAUAUAUAAAAUAGAAAAAAAAGGUGAAAAAUAAGCUAGCAACAUUACAACCGCAAGCACACCGCAGCAGCAACAAGGAAACCAAUAACCACUAAAAUAACAACAGCAGCAGCAGCAAAAAUAGCUUCAAUUACGACGGCAACAACACCAACACCAGCAGCAGCAGCAGCAACAGCCGCAGCAAAUAUGGAAGACAAUAACACAAGUACGCCAAUGAAGACCGACGAAUCAGUCACAUUAACAAUCAGGCUGAUAAUGCAAGGCAAGGAAGUUGGCAGCAUUAUUGGCAAAAAAGGAGAGAUUGUGAACAGAUUUCGUGAGGAGUCUGGCGCAAAAAUCAACAUCUCGGACGGUUCAUGCCCGGAGCGCAUUGUCACUGUAUCUGGUACGACCAGCGCGAUCUUCUCGGCUUUCACGCUCAUCACAAAGAAGUUUGAAGAGUGGUGCUCACAGUUCAGUGAUGUUGGCAAGGUUGGCAAAACUCAAAUACCGAUACGUUUAAUUGUGCCCGCCAGUCAAUGUGGAUCGUUAAUUGGCAAAAGUGGCUCAAAAAUCAAGGAAAUACGUCAAUCCACUGGCUGUUCGAUUCAGGUUGCCAGUGAAAUGUUGCCAAAUUCAACAGAAAGAGCCGUUACUUUGAGCGGCACUGCCGAGCAAAUAACCCAAUGUAUCUAUCAGAUUUGUCUCGUUAUGCUGGAGUCACCACCAAGGGGAGCCACCAUACCGUAUCGGCCAAAACCGCAAGUAUCUGGACCAGUCAUUUUGGCAAACGGACAAGCCUAUACCAUACAAGGCAACUAUGCUGUACCCGCACAAGAGACAUGCCCAGUUUUUCCACUGGCCUUGGCCACCGGUGGCCUACACGCUGGUAUCUCAGGUUUGACGGAUCCUCUCUUGAAAGGGGCACAUUUGCAGGGAGCGGUGCCGGCAGCCCACCAUCAUCUACAGCAUAUACCCGAUGUGGCAAAGAAUCCAUUGGCUAGCUUGGCAGCGUUGGGUUUGGCUGGCAUAACACCAACCAAUACAGGUGGACUCAAUCCCACAGCAGCUUUGGCCGCACUCGCUGGCUCGCAGCUGCGUACAGCCAAUGCAAGUCGCACGCAGCAGCAGCAGCAUGAAAUGACCGUGUCCAAUGACUUGAUUGGCUGCAUUAUCGGCAAGGGUGGCACAAAGAUUGCCGAAAUACGUCAAAUUUCCGGUGCAAUGAUACGCAUUUCGAAUUGCGAAGAGCGCGAAGGUGGCAAUACCGAUCGUACAAUCACCAUUAGCGGCAAUCCGGAUUCGGUGGCAUUGGCUCAAUACUUAAUCAACAUGAGCGUUGAACUGCAGAAGGCUAAUCUACAGGAGGCGAAUAAUGUCGCUAAUGGCCAGAACAACAGUGGCAACAACAGCAACACUAACGCCGCAAAUGGUGGCAGCAAUGGCAAUGCCAACGGCAACACCAAUAAUAGCAAUCACUUAAGCGGCACGUCCAAUUUGGGCAGUGGCGGCAGCAAUAACAGCUUGAAUCAGAGCAACAGCAGCAAUCAUAGUAGCAGCAAUAGUUUAAACAAUUUAAACACAAACACAAGCAAUUCGAACAACACACACUCAACAACAGCCAUGACAAACGCAAACAACAGCGGCAAUGGUAGCGGUAGCGGCGGCAGCAACAGCACUGGUAGCAAUAGCGGCAGCAACAUAACCUUAAACACCACAUCCAACAAUCCAACCAAUCCAUUUUCCAGUUCACUACCAUUUACAAAUCCACCAAAUCCCUUUGCAACUUCCACAGCAGUAAGUUCGUUAGCCACCGCUAUACCGUUAGCGCAAUUGUUGUCCAAGCCGGGCGCUUUGAAUGCACUCUCGAGUCUGACCGCACUCGGUGGUCUAACCGAUCUAUUGGGCGGACUGGCCACACUCAAUGGUCCACCCAUACAGACAACUGGUGUGCACCGCACUAAAAGUUUUGUAUCGACACGUUUUCGUAGCCACAAUCAUACCGACGGCAAUACAGAUAGCGAUAAGACACGCAACAAGUUCAAUCCUUAUUAGAGUAGUGAAUGAGUUUAGAAAGAAGAGUGCAGUGGAAGUGAUAGCGUGAACGCUUUUGAAAGAUUGCGUGAUGAAAGCUUUUGAUGUAGAACAGUCGAAAGCGUUUGAAAUGGUAGUAUGAAAGAAUUGGCAGUAAAAGGAUGAAAGCUUGAAGAAUGGAAAAAUUUUAGCUUUGAUAGGGAAGUUGGAAGAAUUUGAAUAUUAGAGGGGAAACAUUUUUUUUUACAUAAGAGUAUGAAAAGCUUUGCGCUAGCUAGGUGAAAGCUUUGCAAAGUUUUGUGAAAGCUCCGAGAUCAUAGCGCAUAGCACGCUAUUCAAAUAAAGGGCAAAGUCGACGCCGUUUCGAUCAGUAGUUCGCUCUAAAGUAGUAUUAGUAGUUGUAUGAAAUGCGUUUGUUUGCGGCAAUUUUUUCGAAAUUUUGUAAAAGGUCGCACCCGCACUUUUUCUAUACUUUUUUUGUCAGGUAAAUGUAGGCGUUAGAAAAGAAAGGUGUACAAAUUAUAUCAGAAGAAAAGAAAUAAGAGACAAUAGUUUCAAUACGCAUAUACUCAUAGAUUGGAAGACAAAAAUUUAAGUUGAAAUUUAAAAUAUUAUAUUGUAUAUUUAAACAAAUUUGUUUAGUCAAAUUUUUGCCAGAUCGUUAUUGCGGCUUAAAUCACAUCAUUAUCAACUUCAUACAUAUGCCUGCUUUUGCCACCGGAAGUACUAUAUAUUAAGUAAACUUUGUCCGCUUAAAAAGAAAAAAAUAGUUGACAAUUUUUUUUUAAUAAUUUCAAAACCUAAAGUUUACCAAAUCGGUGUACGAUUUAGAGAAGGAUUUUUCAUGAAAUAUUAGGUUUCUAGUUUGUUGAAAUCAAAUUCUAUUUUAUCAAAUUAAUUAUGUAGUUGUACAGCCGGUCCAAGCCCUUAUGAAACCUACAUUCAUAUUUGCAUACAUACAUACACAUAUUAUUGUAUAAUUAAAUAUACAUAUUUUGAGGUGCGCAUACAUUUUCUCAAGUAAUCCACUGAUCAUUGCAUAUAUACAUACAAACAUACGAUGUUUUGAUAUUUUUUAAGUUAAAGUAUUAGUUUGUAAGCGCAAAGAAAAUAUGUUUUUAUUGUAUUUAGUUUAUAAAUAAAAGUAUAAAAAAACCAAUUUUGCAAGCUUAAUAAUAGAAUCAUGAGUGUAGCAGUGAACAAAAAAAAAUAUAAUAUAAAAAAAAUAGU